AUGGCGUCGGAGCCCUCGAAGGCUUGGCCAGCCGUGACCUCCUGCCCACAGUUAGGGAGGAAGAGUCGGCCCUGGGAUGCAGGGGAGACUAAGUGCAGAUGCUGUGGAAGAAGCGUAGCUCACGGUUGCCACAAUGAACUUCAGUGUGGUCACACUUUUUGUGAACUAUGCUUGUUAAUAACUGAAGAACACAGCACACUCAUGUGCCCCGAUUGUAAGGUUGCUUCACCUGUAAUUAUGAAACAAGGACACUACUCAGUGGAUGAAUAUAUUAAAGAAGACUCCUUUAUAGGAAAGUUGCAACCUAAAAUAUUAAAGAAAUGUUCUCAUGACUUUAAAAAGAAUGCGAAUGAGCUGACUGUUGGCAUUGAGGCAGAACAUUCAACCUCUGUACCCAGGACUCUUAUGAACUCAUCGGCUGUGUCGCUGGAGACUAAAACUACUGAAGAAAUUGAUGAAGCACUGAAGGUAGCAGGCUAUAAUGUGGAGCAACUGAGUACUGCUGUACAAGUGCUUGAACAUAUACAGAAUAAAACUAAAGAGGAGACCAACAGUCUUAUACAGCUUAUGGAAAAACAGUUUGAUCAACUGUUUGCUUCUCUUGAUUCCAGGAAAAAGAAGCUGUGUGAAGAACUUGUAAGAAAUACAGAUGACUAUCUAGCAAAUUUGGUAAUGGCUAAAAACCACAUUGAGGAGAAGAAAAAAGAUCUGGAUGCAGCCAUGAAGAUUGCAGGAGAAUUAAAAUCAGCACCUUCUCUGAGGAGCUAUUGUGAUUUGAAUCAGAUUAUUCGGACUUUGAAGUUAACGUUUGAGAGUGAAUUGUCACAAGUUAGUUCUCUAAAAUUAAGGAACUCUCCUAGAUUGAAUAUGAAUUGCAGUGAGAUUAUCUGUACGUUGAGCAACAUAGGAAAGAUUGAAUUUGAGAACUCAACGAAACACCAUCCCCAAGAAAAUGAAACCGUGCAGAAUGCUCAAAAGAAAUACAAUAAAAAGGAAUUUUGUUGUCCUGAUACGUACCUCUCACCUGAAAAGAAAAAGGCUGACAUGACUCUCCUAAGCAGUGAAGCCCUGGAGACCAACAGCGUGCACUUAGACGUCAGGAACACGCAGCCGCACAGGGAGCUUGUCACAGCGACACCCCCUAAAACCAUCGCUGUGCUGCCUCAAAUGGGAUCCAGUCCUGAUGUGAUCAUUGAAGAAUUUAUUGAAGAAAACCUGGAAAAUUCUCCGGAACUGGUUUUUGUAAGCCAUGUAAUACAUCCUUGCCAUUUCUACAUUCGGAAAUAUUCACAAAUAAAAGAUGCAGCACUAUUGGAAAAGAAGGUCAAUCACUUUUGCAAUAAUAAGUUACCCCUUGAUCCUUCAUACAAGUUGGAGCUAGGUGCAAGAAUAUUCGUCCACAGUGUUGAAAAUGGAAUGUGGUGCCGAGGAACUAUCACUGAGUUAAUUCCAAAAGAAAAUAAAAUCAUUAGAAAAUCUUGUGGUCCAACCAGAUUCUCAGUCUGUGAAGUUGCACUGAUACAAAUAUUCAUGGUAGAUUUUGGAAAUUCUGAAGUCCUGAUUCUCACAGGGGUUGGUGAUUCCCUGAUGAGACCAAAACACAUCACUGAGCAACAUGUUUUCCUAAAUGACUUAUGUCUGGUUUUACGAAAGCCUGAGCCAUCUGUCGAAGGAUUAUUGAAAGAGAUCCCAUCAUUAGCUCAGCCAUGCUCAUUGAAAGACAUUGUUCCACAGAACUCAAAUGAAGGCUGGGAAGAUGAAGCUAAGGUAGAAUUUUUGAAAAUGGUAAACAACAAGGCUGUUUUAAUGAAAGUUUUUCGGGAAGAAGAUGGUGUACUUAUUGUAGACCUGCAGAAACCACCAACAAAUAAAAUUAGUACUGAUAUGCCUGUUUCUCUUAGAGACGCGUUAGUAUUUAUGGAACUAGCAAGGUUUAGGUUGCAGUCAACAAAAAGUCACUCUGAAAAAAAUCCAACUUUACAGUAUCAUCCACCUAUCCUGCCUAAAGAAAUGACAGACGUUUCUGUAUUGGUUUGUCAUAUAAACAGUCCUACUGAUUUCUAUCUUCAGGUGAUAGAGAACCAGGAUUUUCUAAUAUUGUUAAAGAGAAUCGAGGAAUGCUAUGAAAGUGAAGAUGGGGAUAACCUGGAAAUCCUCUGUCCAGUUCAAGAUCAAGCCUGUGUAGCUAAAUUUGAAGAUGGAGUUUGGUACAGAGCAAAGGUUACUGGAUUACCUGGACUUCGAGAAGUUGAAGUUAAAUAUGUAGACUUUGGUAAUACUGCAAAAAUAACACGUAAAGAGAUGCGUAAAAUAAAGGAUGAGUUCCUGGAUCUGCCAGAAAAGGCAAUUAAAUGUAAGCUGGCAUAUAUUGAACCAUAUAAAAGGACAACAAAGUGGUCCAAGAAAGCUAAAGAAAAAUUUGAAGAGAAGACCCAAGAUAAAUUUAUGACAUGCUCCGUUAUUAAAAUUUUGGAAGAUAAUGUGCUGCUGGUUGAACUUUAUGAUGCUGUUGGUAUUCCUGGAAUGAGUCUUACUAGUAUUAACGAGCAGCUAGUCAAAGAGGGCGUAGCAUCUUACGAAGGAAGAUAUACCCUCAAGAAUAAUUGUGAGAAGCACACUGAAGUGUGGGAUCCUUCCCCAGAAGAAAUUAUUUCAAAUGAAGUAAACAACUUAAAUCCUGUGUCUGCCAAAUCUCUGCCAAAUGAGAGUUUCCAGUCACUGUACAACAAGGAACUCCCCGUGCAUAUCUGUAACGUGGUGUCUCCCGAGAAGAUUUAUGUUCAGUGGUUAUUGACUGAAAACUUAAUUAAUAGCUUAGAAGAAAAGAUGAUAGCUGCUUACGAACACUCCAAGUGGGAACCUGUUAAAUGGGAAAACGACAUGCACUGCGCUGUGAAGGUUCCAGAGAACAAUCAAUGGCGCAGAGGUCAGGUCAUCAGCGUGGUCACAGACACGUUGGUGGAGGUCUUGCUAUAUGACGUGGGCGUUGAAGUAGUAGUGAAUAUUAACUGUUUACGAGAACUUGAAGAAAGUCUAAAGACCAUGGGAAGAUUAUCAUUGGAAUGCUCGCUUGUUGACAUAAGGCCAACUGGUGGGAGUAACAAGUGGACAGCCACAGCUUGCGACUGCCUCUCCUUGUACCUAACUGGAGCUGUAGCAACUAUAAUCUUACAGGACAACAGUACGACGUGGCCUUUACCUGUGAAAAUCUUCUGCAGAGACGAGAAAGGAGAGCGUGUGGAUGUUUCUAAGUAUUUGAUUAAAAAGGGUUUGGCUUUGAGAGAACGGAGAGUUAAUAAAUUAGCUGACAGUUGUUCAGCAUCUGAGAAGUCUCUGGAAUUGCCCCCGGAACAGGAAGAUUCAGUAACUACCAAGUGUACUAAACUUAGCUUCGACCCUGACAAAACAUCUGUUGACACAACCGAUGAACCCAGCAUGAACACAGUUGAUGAGUUUAAGGAAAAAAUCUCAGAACCAAGAGCUCCUGGAUGCUACAAACCACCAGCUAUCCCGAAGAUGAAAGUAUUUGAUGCAAUCGUCAGCUGCAUUAGUGAUGAUGGAACUAUAUUUAUAAUACCCAAAUUAUCAGAGCUUGAGCUGUCCAAAAUGAUGGAUGAAAUUCAGAAUAAUCUAAAGUGCCUGGGUCUUUUGGAACCUUAUUUGUGGAAGAAGGGAGAAGCCUGUGCAAUAAGAGGAUCUGACACUCUGUGGUACAGGGGCAAGGUCGUGGAAGCAGCAGGCAGCACAGUCAGGGUACAGUAUUUGGAUCAUGGAUUCACUGAGAAGAUUCCUCAGUGUCAUCUUUACCCUAUUUUGUUAUAUCCUGAUAUACCCCAGUUUUGUAUUCCUUGUCAACUCUAUAAAACCGUACCGGUGGGAAAUGUCUGGCAAUCUGAUUCAAUAGAACUUCUUCGGGAAUUACUUUCAAAGAGAGAAGUGGAAAUUCAUGUUAUGGAAUUACCUGAAAACCCAUGGGAGAAAUUAUCUGUUCUUCUGUAUUUUGAUGGAAUGUCACUUUCUUAUUUUAUGGCACAUUAUAAAUUUUGUACUUCUGACCAUUCUGAAGAAAUACUGAAAGAAAGGCCAACAGAUUACGAUAAAAACUACGAGGCGGAAAAAUGGGAAAUAAAUUUUGAGGAAUUGCUUCUGUCUGAAACAGAGACCCCCAUUGUGCCACCUUACGUGUCUUCGUCUCUGCCUCCCCCAGGAGAACUCUUUGCUGUUCAAGUGAAACAUGUGGUCUCGCCAAAUGAAGUCUACAUUUGCCUUGACUCUGUAGAGAGCUGUAAUCAGUUUAACCAUCACAAUGACACGGAUGACAGCGGAGUCAGCUGGGACUCGGAGCCUGAGAGCCUUGAAGAAGCGCUGCGGAGGUCCAACAAGAAUGUAGACACGUUUCCCCCUCUGACUGACUUUAGAACAGAAAUGCCUUGCCUUGCAAAAUACGAUGAUGGCUUGUGGUAUAGAGCAAAAAUUGUUUCCAUUAAAGAAUUUGAUCCUUUAACUAUCCUGGUACAAUUUGUUGAUUAUGGAUCAACGGAAAAACUGACAGUAAACAGACUGCGUCAAAUUCCACUCCAUCUUAUGCAGUAUCCAGCCCGAGCCAUAAAGGUUCUCCUGGCUGGGUUCAAACCUCCCUUGAAGGAUUCAGGAAAGACAAGAAUACCAUACUGUCCCAAGUGGAGCAUGGAAGCCCUGUGGGCGAUGAUAGACUGCCUUCAGGGGAAACAGCUCUACGCUUCCUCCAUGGCUCAGACACCAGAACAAAUAGUGACUUUAUACGACGACGAGCAGUAUCCAGUUCACAUGUCGUUAGUAGAGAUGGGGCUCGCAGACAAAGAUGACUAAUGCGUGUGUGCAGAGCACCUCCAGCACCCAGAAGGAUAUUUCUGUUACAUUUGGACUAUUUUCUUGAAUUGUUCUGCAGUUGGCCAUCUUCCACACUCCUGUCCCAUUCUUUGUUCGGCUGUUACAGGUUGUAUGAGAAACGCAGGAAAAAAAUAAAUACUUGCUUUCAAACAU